UGACGUCAGAGAAACCAGUACUCUUGUAGUUUGCGUUGGUUUCAAGUCAUACACUUUAAUAUUAAGAUCUCAAGCCGAUCAAGAAUGAAAGGUUUAAGUUAAAAGUAUCAUGUCUGGCAUUUUUGUGUUCGAGUUUAUUCAUUUUCUACCCAUAUCAUGGUUAAUAUAAUCAAACUUGCCUACAUUAAAUACUAAUUAAUCAAAAAUAUUUCAUAGAAGAGAUAACUGCAACAAUCAAGAUGCAGAAUAUUAUGAGAAAACAGAUUUCGAAGAGUGAGUUGCCAGUUGGAGAAAAAAUGGAAUUAAGAGAAAUGCAAGGAAGAUUGAUUGUUGAAAAUGGGAAUGUUCAGAGUUAUGGAAGUACAAAUAUUGCAUUUGAGGCUGAUCUUAGUCCUCAAACGCAACAGAGGAUGACAAUGGAUAUGGCAGCGGCUGAUGACAAAUCGGACUUUAAGCCAGAGAGUGAAGAUACUAGAGAAUCAUGGGAUAGUAAAUUACAGUUUAUUCUUGCCACCAUCGGAUAUGCUGUCGGUUUGGGGAAUGUCUGGCGUUUUCCAUAUUUGGCACAAAAGAAUGGAGGUGGUGCUUUUCUUAUUCCCUACUUUGUCAUGUUGGCUAUCGAAGGUGUUCCUGUCUUUUAUUUGGAACUGGCUGUGGGUCAAAGAUUGCGAAAGGGUGCCAUCGGAGUUUGGAAUUUGGUAUCGUCAUAUACGGGGGGAAUUGGAUUAACCAGUGCCGUAGUCUCCUUCAAUGUGGCAUUGUAUUACAAUACCAUCAUUGCUUGGUGCAUGUAUUACUUCUUCCAGAGUUUUCAAAGCCCUUUACCAUGGAACGAAUGUCCUCGUGAAUUUUUUCCGAAUGGUUCUUCAAUAAUUGUUCCGGAAUGUGAGAAAAGCAGCAUUACACAAUAUUUCUGGUACAGACAAACGUUAGACGUCAGUCAAGAUAUCAAUCACCCUGAUAAGUUCAAUUGGAAAAUUGCAUUGUGUUUAUUAGUGUCGUGGAUUUUAUGUUACUUAUGUAUGAUCAAAGGUAUUGCUUCUUCUGGGAAGGUGGUUUAUGUCACAGCAACUUUCCCCUACCUCGUAUUAAUAAUUUUCUUUUUUCGUGGGAUCACGUUGGAAGGGAUGAAAGAUGGAAUCGUUCAUCUUUUUACUCCAAACUGGUCCAAACUACAAGAUCCGGUUGUAUGGUUGGAAGCAGGAACUCAGAUAUUUUUUUCUCUUGGUCUCGCUUUUGGUGGACUUAUAGCAUUUUCUUCCUAUAAUCCUGUACACAAUAACUGCUUGAGGGAUGCUAUAUUGGUUUCUCUUACUAACUGUGGAACAUCUAUGUUCGCUGGUAUUGUUGUAUUCUCAGUUUUAGGAUUUAAAGCUCAUAUGACUCAUAAAAAAUGUAUAGAAGAAAGAGAUGAUAUAUUUUCAUCAUUUUAUAACGGAACACAGUUUAUUCCUUCUACAAUUCCACCUUAUAUUGUGGAUAAAAUAUUAAAUAAAUCUGAAAAUAUGCCAUAUGAUUUUCCCGAUUGUAAUUUACAGACUGAAUUAGAAAAAAGUGCCUCUGGUACAGGAUUGGCUUUUAUAGCAUUUACGGAAGCCAUCAUACAAUUUCCUGGUGCACCGUUCUGGUCAGUUUUAUUUUUUCUUAUGCUGUUUACUUUGGGGAUCGAUUCUCAAUUUGGUACUCUCGAAGGCGUCAUAACCUCUAUUGUUGACUUGAAAUUAUUUCCAAAUUUGCGGAAAGAAUUUUUAACAGGUGGAAUUUGUUUAUUGUGUUUUUUCCUGUCGCUUAUAUUUGCACACGGAGCUGGAAAUUAUAUUUUUACACUGUUUGAUAAUUUCAGCGGAAACUUUCCUCUUUUAAUUGUGGCAUUAUUUGAAUGCAUAGCGAUAGCAUACGUCUACGGAUUGAAAAGAUUUAGUGAUGAUAUAGAACUGAUGACUGGCAACAGACCAAGUUACUAUUGGUUAUUUUGUUGGCGGUAUUUGGCACCGAUUACAAUGAUUACUAUACUGAUUGCUAGUUUUUCAAAAAUUGCAACUGGUGAUAUAACUUAUGAAGCAUGGGAUAAGGAAACGGCAACAACAGUUACUAAAGAAUGGCCAACUUGGGCAAACAUUGUGAUUGCAAUUUUGAUAUUAAUGGCUGCUAUUUGGAUACCUUUAGUGGCAUUAUUACAAGUAUUCGGCAUUCGUUUGCUACCAGAUGAAGAACCAGCGUGGUUCCCAGCAGAAGAUCUCCGUGAUUUUUAUGGAGUUAUCCCUCAUAAAGUUACAGAUUUAGAAAAGUGCCUGUUUUGUAUUAAAGAGACAGAACCAGAAGAUGAUGUUUGAUCUCACUUCUGGUCGAAAUCAUCAAUAUGCAGGCAGUUUUAGAUAUUAUCUCACUGUUAUCAAUGUAUAUUAGGAGAUCAAGAUUGAGAAAAAGUACAUCCAUAAUGGAGGAGUGUUUUAUUUCUUGGUUUUUGUUUGGAUUAAUUUCAUAAUUGAAAUUAUUUUGAAGGGUGAAAUGAAUUUAAUGUGAUAAAAGAUGAACAUUUAAAUAAUAUAUAUAUAUAUCAAUCAUUUUAAUUGUAAAUAUGUACAGCAAUGUUAAUAUUGUUGAUUAGAUAUUUUAUUUAUAAACAUACGUUGUAAAAUAACUUUUUUAUUUAAAAGAAAAUAUAUGCCAGCCUGUUGGGAAUUGAUUUAUGCUAAUCUCAAUCAAAGGUUGUUAUAUAGAGUGUUAAAAGAAUCAUUUUACACAGAAAAAUACCUCAUAUUAUGUUUUAAAAAAAUCAUAUAACUUGUUGAAAAAAAAAAUAUGUCUUAAAAAAAUAUAUGUUCCUUUGAAUAACGAGAAAUAUGAUUUUGACUGCAUUCAGGACGUUUCCAAUGUUUAGAAUGGAAGUAAAUAUUUAGAAUUGUUUUUAGAGUAAGUAAAGAUUUAAGAGAGAUUUAUUUUUAACUAUGGCAUUCAAAAUAAAUUUUGAUGAUGCGGGUUAUGCCAGGGGUUUUCAUCGUUUUACGAGAGGACCAAACUAUAAAUGAAUCAAACUCAAUUACUGAAGAAAAUAUUGAAAAUGUAAAACGAACGAUUCCGUAAUAAUAAUAAUAAUAAUAAUAAUAUUCUUUUAUAUUUAUAAAAUGAUUUUAGACAUAUCAUUGAAAUAACGUGGAUAAAAUAGAUGAUGAAUGCAUGAAAUAAAUUGAAAGGCCUUAGAGAUAAAAAAAAAACCUUAUUUGCCUUUUGUUUUAAAAAAUUAAACUGUAACAAUCAUUAUGAAAAAUGUGAAAGAAAGAUAACAGAAACUCUUUUUAAUCAAAAUUCCAUUUAUCUAAGAUGAGACUUAAAACUUAAAAGAGACUAUUCGAAGAAAACCGGCCAACCCGAUAUUACAUUUGUAAAAUUAAAUUAUUAAGAAUUUCUAUUUUUGAUGAGAAUUUUAUGUCUUCUCAACAUAUGUGAAAUUUUUAUUCAUAUUAUGUUCAAUAGAGAAUGUAUUAUUAUCUUAAAUUAAUCGUUUUUAAUUUAAAAAGAUUUUUAUAUAUUUUUCUUUUACUAUUAUAGAUUGUGAAUCCCUGAAUUAUAUAUGAAAUAUUCUAUUUUAAAAAUUUCUUUUUAUUGUAAACAUCACUCCGAAGUAUGAUUAUGUCUGGUAUUUUAAAUGCAGCACCAUUAAUCAUUCUUCAUUCAAACCUGUUCCUGUUUGUGUAAAUGGAUAGCAAUAUCAAUAUAUUAGAUGAACUUUAUUUGGUAAUAGGAACAAUAGAACUUUAUGGAACUUUAAUCUAUUGCAUCCUUACCAAAGAAAAAAAUCACUCGAAGGAUUUAAAUUCAAUAUGAAACUGGCUCAAUUAUAUUUUAGUGAAAAAAAAAGAAAAUGAGUCUUUUAAAUGAAGUAGUUUAAAUCCAAUAAAGAGUUUAUGGGAUAAGGAAAUAUAUCAAGUCACAUGUAUCAUUAGAAUAGUACUGCCGUAAUAGGGUUUUUAUUUGAGAGAUUUUUAAACAAUGUAUAUUUUAUUUGAAAUGGAAUUGUAUAGUAGUUUUAUCUUUACAAACGUGGAAAAAAAAAAUAUGUAUACUGUUGAAAUGUUUGUGUAUAUGUCACAGUAAAAAGUUUA